UACAACAGAGACGCUUCUGGAACCGAUCUAGUUCACCAGGAAAAACCACCCCUCCGCUGUGAGAACCCUCCGAGAUGGCCGAGAAGAGCAAGGUCCUGGUGAUCGGAGGCACUGGAUACAUCGGAAAGUUCAUCGUGGAAGCGAGUGCUAAGUCUGGCCACCCUACCUUCGCUCUUGUGAGGGAGUCCACUCUCUCCCACCCGGCCAAGGCCAAAAUCGUCGAAGGUUUCAAGAGUUUAGGCGUCAAUUUAGUUCAUGGAGACAUGUACGAUCAAGAGAGUCUGUUGAACGCGAUUAAGCAGGUUGAUGUUGUAAUCUCUGCUGUGGGGCAAGCACAGCUAAAGGACCAAGACAAGAUUGUUGCUGCCAUCAAAGCAGCAGGGAAUAUUAAGAGAUUCUUGCCUUCCGAGUUUGGAAAUGAUGUGGAUCGUGUCCAUGCUGUGGAGCCAGCAAAAACUACAUUUGCUAUCAAGGCCAAGAUCCGCCGCCAUGUUGAGGCCGAGGGCAUCCCUUAUACCUAUGUGGUUUCUCACCUUUUUGCAGGUCACUUCCUCCCGAGAUUGUCACAGCCCGGGGCUACCGCUCCCCCUAGAGAUAAAGUUGUUAUCUUAGGGGAUGGAAAUGCGAAAGUGGUGUUUAACAAGGAGGAUGACAUCGGCACCUAUACCAUCAAAGCAGUGGAUGAUCCGAGGACCUUGAACAAAAUUCUGUACAUCAAACCUCCUGCCAACACCUACUCGUUUAAUGAUCUCGUGUCUCUGUGGGAGAGAAAGAUCGGCAAGACCCUGGAGAGGGUUUAUGUUCCAGAGGAGCAAGUUCUGAAAAACAUUCAAGAGGCUGCGGUUCCACUCAACGUGAUGCUGGCCAUAUCCCAUUGUGUUUUCGUGAAAGGAGACCAAACCAACUUCGAGAUUGAGCCUUCGUUUGGAGUGGAAGCUUCAGAGCUCUACCCCAACGUCAAAUACACGACCGUGGAUCAUUACCUGGAUCAGUUUGUUUGAUUGUCGAAACUGAAUGUCCCUGAUAGGUUUCUCACAUCAGUUUGAAUCAUGAAUAAUAUAGGAUUCUGGUUGUCGGGAUCCUAGUGUGAAAUGUGGCUUUCCUUUGACUUUGAUCAUCUCAUGGCAUGUACAAACUUUAAAUAUAAGGACAUACUAUGAAUAUUCAAUAUGCCAGCACCUAUGCGGUGCUUGGAGUAGUUACAUCGGUUUUGGAGUUGA